ACUUAAUUUUUUUUCUAAUAUAUUAAAAAGUAAAUCAUAAUUUAUUCACUUAAAAAAAAAAAAUGAUUGCUAUGUUCAACAAAAUGACCAAUUACUUCUUGUAAAUGUUGGCAAAUAUAGUAGUCACUGUGGUAACUACAAAGCGAAUAAUUAAAGAGUGAAUAAUCUAACUAUUUUUUUUUUUUUUUUUUCCUUUUUUCGGAUGUGUUGUUUGUGUGUGUGUGCGUGUGUGAGGGAGAGAGAGAGAGAGAAGUAGCUGGCAGAUUGAAAUUCAUUUAUUAACGGCGUCGGAAGCAGUUAUUAGGCUCCGUUGACGAUUAUCCAACUGAAUUUCCCACCAAAAAGAUACACUCCUUCUAUCAACUCUCUCCCUCUCUCUGCAAAAGCGAAUACACUGACAACUCUCUCUCUCUCUCUCUCUCUCUCUCAAUCCCAAUGUGUUAAAGGUCAUUGUAAAACUCAAUAACACAAUAAUUUCUCUGAAACGCAAUCCAUCGUCUUCUCUUUCGCUAAGUUCCACCACUCGCCUUUAAUUCUUCGUCCAAAGAAAACCCUAGUUUCUUGAUCGCGCUUUCCCAUCACCAAUAAUGUCGAAACCCUCAAAACCCACUACUCUCUACUUUCCAUUCCUCGCGUUCUUGAUGAUUUUCACUCUCAUUCCGCUGUCCACAGCUCAAUCGGAACAGAGUCCAAGUUACCUUCAAUUUGUAUUCAACGCCACAGAAUUCCCUGUUCAGGACUACUACGAUUACAUAAUCGUAGGUGGCGGCACCGCCGGGUGUCCAUUGGCGGCGACGCUGUCGGAAUUCUUUAGGGUUCUGGUGCUCGAACGAGGCGGGGUUGCAUAUGGGAAACCUAAUUUGAUGACCCAAGAAGGGUUUAUCACCACUCUCAUGGAGGUCGACGAUUUUGACUCGCCGGCACAGACCUUCACCUCCGAAGACGGCGUUCCUAACGCCCGAGGACGCGUUCUUGGAGGCAGUAGCGCAAUCAAUGCAGGUUUUUACAGCCGAGCCGAUCAAGAUUUCUACAGAAGAUCUGGACUGAAUUGGGAUCUCCGAGUGGUGAAUCAGUCUUACGAGUGGGUAGAGAGAGCAAUUGUGUUCCAGCCAGAACUCAAGAACUGGCAAUCGGCGGUCAGAGAUGGGCUGUUGGAGGCCGGCGUUGAUCCGUAUAACGGGUUCAAUUUGGAUCAUGUGGUGGGUACCAAGAUUGGGGGUUCCACAUUUGACAGCUAUGGUCGACGACACAGCUCUGCUGAUCUUCUCAGCUAUGCCAAAUCUUCAAACAUUCAAGUGGCUGUUUAUGCAAGCGUGGAAAGAAUUCUAUUAGCAUCUUCUUCAGAUUUUUCUGGGUCGAAACAAACAGCAAUUGGGGUGGUUUAUCGCGACCAAACAGGCCAAUACCACCACGCAUUGGUGCGCGAAAGGGGUGAAGUGUUGCUCUGUGCCGGCGCCAUUGGCAGCCCUCAGCUUCUGCUUUUGAGUGGCAUUGGGCCACGGCCAUACCUCUCGUCAUGGGGAAUUCCGGUGGUGCAUCAUGUGCCUUAUGUGGGACAGUACAUCUAUGACAAUCCCAGAACUGGGAUAUCAAUAGUGCCACCAAUUCCAUUAGACCAUUCUCUCAUACAAGUUGUGGGCAUUACUGAUUCAGGGGCUUACCUUGAAGCUGCCUCCAAUGUCAUCCCUUUCAUUUCACCUUCGCGGUCCGUUUUCAUUAGAUCAUCCUCUUCACCACUGUAUCUCACAGUGGCCACCCUCAUUUUGAAGAUCACCGGGCCUCUCUCUUCAGGUUCUCUGCGAUUGGCUUCUACAGACAUCAGGGUUAACCCGAUUGUCCAGUUUAAUUACUUCAGCAACCCAAAUGAUGUAGCGCGUUGUGUGAAUGGCACUCGCAAAGUCAGUGAUGUCCUGAGGAGCCGGUCCUUGGAUGAUUUCAAGUUCCGGGAAUGGUAUGGUGGUCGGGAAUUCAGAUACGUUGGACCGGCAUUGCCUGAUGAUCAAAAUGAUGAUCAGCAAAUGGGAGACUUCUGCCGUCGCACAGUGAGUACCAUAUGGCACUACCAUGGUGGGUGUGUCGUGGGAAAGGUGGUUGAUCGUAAUCUCAGAGUUAUUGGUCUUGAUGCUCUCCGAGUUGUUGAUGGCUCGACAUUCACUGUAUCGCCAGGGACCAAUCCCCAGGCUACACUAUUGAUGCUUGGAAGGUAUGUUGGGUUGAAGAUAAUCAAAGAGAGAAUGAAAUAGGACUGACCACUCACUCUGUUGUGCCAAAGGAACUAUAAGUCUACUGUGCUAUACCCUUCUUGUAGUGUUUCUUUUUUGCUCUUGUUUUGGGGCUCUUUCUGAUAUGUACUGUUUUCCAAGAUAUAGAAAAGCGUCAUUUAGGAGUGUAAAUUUCUUGAUUCAUUCAUUCAACACUGACGAAUGCAUAAUAAAGAAGUGUUGUUACAGAAGUUAAA